UCGAUUGCUUCUUCUCGUCCGGCUUGCAUGAUCUUCCUUCAUCGCCACCGUCGACGACACUAACACCAUGCCUACCCCCUCCUCCACCACACGUAUCUCUUCGGAUCUCAUCCUCAACCGCCUUACCUCCACUGAUCCCGAAAUCAAGCUCAAAGCCAUCAGAGAGGUCAAGAACCGCAUCAUCGGGAACCCAACUAAGAAGCUUUCCUACAUCAAGCUCGGUGCAGUCCCUGUUAUUGCUGAUGUCCUCGCCGAAGCCGACGCCGAUUCCGCUUGUGGCUCCAACCUUAUUGUGCAAUCCGCCGCGGCACUCGGCAGCUUUGCCUGUGGCGUUGAGGCUGGCGUCCGUGCUGUUCUCGAUGCCGGCGCGUUCCCUCAUUUGAUCAGGCUUCUCUCUACCGUCGACGAGAAGAUUGUAGAUGCCACUGCGCGUUCUUUACGAAUGAUCUAUCAAUCAAAACUAUCUCCAAAGUAUGAUUUUUACCAGGAGGAAAACAUGCAACUUCUUCUUUCCAUUUUGGAUACUGAGAAUGAGAAUCUGUCAGGACUUGGUGCAAGUAUUAUCAUUCAUUCUUGUGAGAACAUUGCAGAGCAAAAUAUAUUAUGCCAUGCUGGUGCAUUAGAGAAACUUACUAGCCUCCUUGAUGGUUCUCUAAUUCAGCGAGAAGCCAGUCUAGAGGCUCUAGCUGCAAUUCUUAAAAAUAAUUCAGAAGCCGUCUCAAAGUUUUUGGACCUUCAAAAUGGAAGAGCUUUAAGUUCUGUAGUAGAAUUAGUUAAGGACAGAUAUUCUCGGACAAGAUUUCUAGCUUGCUUGUGCUUGAUUUCUGUGAACAUUUCUUUUUCUUGCUAUCAGCAAGACAAGAGAAUUAAAAUCAAAUUGAUACAUACUUUGCUUGAGCUUCUUGAUGAUCAUGGUCAAGUUGGAGAUGAAGCUUCUUUUGCUUUCUCAAGUUUAAUUGCUGGGAAGGAAGAUUUACAGAAGCUGGCAUUCGAGGCAACUGCCAUAGAUAAGUUCCACAAUAGCUUGCAAUAUCAUCUGUUACAACCGAGACGCCUUGAAGGGAUAUUUCUGGCUCUGGCUGAUCUUUGCUCAAAAUUGGAAUGCUGCAGGUCUAAGUUUCUUUCAUUGCAGGUCUUGAAUUUUGUAAUCGAUGCUCUAACUCAUGAUAAUGCAAAUGUACGUGCUGCAGCUUGUGUUUGCUUGAGAAGCGUCACUCGCUCAAUCAAGAAUUUGACCGCAGGCCACUUUAUGAAUGAAAGGGUGAUCAUUCCUUUGGUACAGCUUCUAUCUGAUCUUUCAAUCUCUGUUCAGGUUGCAGCCCUUGGUGCUAUCAGCAACAUAGUGGUUGGCUUUACACCUCGUAAGUCAAUAUUCAUGCAGUGUGGAGGCAUUAAAGAACUUGUUCAAUUGACCAAGUCAGUGGAUUUGUCUUUAAGGUUAAAUGCUAUAUGGGCCUUGAGGAAUAUGGUAUUCCUUGCCGAUAGAAUGUGUAAGCAAGAAAUUUUUAUGGAGCUGACAGCAUCUUCAGUAGCUGGUCUUAUCUGUGAUCCUGAGCCUUCUGUUCAAGAAAAAGCCCUUGCCCUUGUUCGUAAUUUUGUUGAUGGCUGUAUAGAUUCUAUUGAAUAUGCUUUUGCUGAAGAUGGUAUCAUAUUAGAUGCUGUUGGAAGGCAGCUAAGAAAAGCUUCAAACCUUGAGAUUGGGAUGCAGGGGAUGUAUGUACUCAGCAAUAUUGCGAGUGGGAAUGAGUUUCAAAAGGAAGCUGUGAUGCAUCAACUCUUUCCACAACCAGAGAACGAAUGCCACUCUUUCUUUAACCGGUUUUUGCAGAGUACUGACAACCACCUACGCACAGCUGCACUUUGGGUUGUAGUGAAUCUCAGCUUCCCAUCAAGUCCAGGUGCAUUUGAUCGGAUUAUGAAACUGCGUAAAUUUGGCAUAAUUUCUCAACUGAAAACGAUGAUCAAUGAUUCUUGCUUGGAUGUGAAGCUUCGAGCAAGACAUGCUCUCGGGCAUACUAGGACUUUCGGUGAUAACUAAAUAAAAUCAAACCCCCUGCGUUCCAAGCCCCUGUGCUGCAUGCAAACAACAGAAAUAUUGCUCAAAUGUGUUUUCUCUUGUAUUUACACCUUGUAUAUGCGGUGCUGCAAAUGGCUUCAAUUGUUUUUGAGCCAGUCAGAGCAGUGAGAAAGCUUUUCAAUUUUGGAAGCACUCCUGACCAGGUUACGCCAAUACCACUUGUUAGAGUGUUAGGAGGUACUGGGCCAAGAGGCUGUGAUAUGUAUAUAUAUGGUAUUCAUACAUUCUGUACACUCAGUCUUUUCCAAAACUUUAAUCGUUAAAUAAUUCUGUUCUUUUCAAUCAACAGACAAACUCCUAUUGAAACAGAUAGAAAUAAGAAAAAUAAAAUUAGAAGUAAAUCUAAACCAUUUAUUUCA